AUGCAGGUUGCUAUACACCAGGAUGACGCCGAUAUAUUACUUAAGCAAAGAAACAUACUAGACGAAGCCAUUGUGGAGAAAUAUCGAGUUGCAGGCCAGAUCACUCAAUCUGGUUUACAAUAUUUCACUUCAUUAAUUAAUAAUUGUUAUCAUUUACAAACCAUUCCUAGGUUGACCAUACAACAGUUGUGUUUAUUGACAGAUUCUUGUUUACUCGAUUUGUUAUCCAAGCAGUAUGUCAACAAGGUAAAUGAAAAAGGUAUUGCCAUUCCAACCACAAUAAAUGUCAAUGAAUUUGUAAAUGGAUUUGCGCCUGAAAUCGAUGAUGAGCGAGAAAUGUUCUUAAACCAGGGUGAUGUUGUUACUGUGAGUAUGGGAGUACAUAUCGAUGGAUACACAUCGCAAUUAAGUCACACUCUUGUUAUUUACCCAAUAAACCCAGCUGAAAUGAAACCCAGCGGGCCCUUAUUAGGUAAUAAUGCUGAUGCCUUGUGUGCAACACAUAUAGCUAUGGAAUCGGUAAUAUCCUUAUUGGGAUGCUCAUUAUCUCCUGAGAAAUUACCCCAACAGUUGAAAAAUAGUUCAAAUUCAAUAACAGGUCUGCAAAUACGUCAACUUGUGGAUUCUAUUGCCGAGUCUUUCAACUGUGUAGUUGUUCCAGGGUCCAAAGUCAGGAGGAUCAGACGAUUUUUGGCCGGACAAGCAGAGGGUGUUGUUGCUGAACGUGAUUUCAAAGGGGUUGUUUGGGACGAAUCUCAUCAAGAAGCUCAGCUCUUGAAACGGGCACUAGGACUUGCAUCAUCAUCAACAUCGUUAACACCAUCAACGACUACUAGUUUGAUUAAGAAACCUAUUGGCACUUCAAACUCUAGUGCUGUACCUACCGACGAGUUUGUAGUUGUACCCGGUGAAGUUUACCAAGUUGAUAUUUGCAUGAGCGGGUUAAAUAACGGCGAGCAACCGCAGCAACAAUUGGGUAUAGUGACCACAGAGGAGAUUGACAAUUUUGCAGGCAAGAACUAUAAACAGAAUGAUUUCAAUGCCAAAGCUUCGAUAUUUGUUCGAGAUUUCGCCAUAACGCAUCAGUUGAAGUUAAAGACUGCGCGGAAAUUAUUGGGGGAAAUUGACAAGUCGUUUUCAGUAUUUCCUUUCAAGUUGGACUUUGCUAGCAAGUCGUUCCCAAUAAACAUCGAAGAAUCGGAAGAGUCAAUUAGACAGCAGAUGGACCAAAUAAAGGAAGAGAUUAAAAGUUUUAGAUUAGGGUCAGCAGAAUUAACCAAUCGUCAUCUUAUACGGUCUAAGCCCAUACAAAUUACUAAAUUUAUUCCAUUGAAGGAAGUGUUGUUAACGGCCAAUCCAACAGGUAAACAUGGCGUUGAUGCUAGUAAACCUGUUUUACCGGGGAUGGAAGUUCCAUUACCUCAGUUGGGAAUAUCAUCUAUUAAAUUGAAAUCCUUGUUGAAAACCGGUGCAAGUAUUUCAAAUGUUCGCGAAUCCUCAACGAUUGUGUUGAAUGAUAAAAAGCAAGAGGUGCACAGGUUGAAUGGCGGUGAGUCUACUGCCAAAAUGAACUGGGUUCAUUCUCGAUAUGAGCUAGCAAACGAGGUACACGAACUUGUUAAUCAUUUGGUCCAAUUGACAAAGGACAGUAGGUUCGGUAUCAAGAUAAAAGAAGUAUUACCAUAUAAAAUGAAAUUAGAGAAAUUAGCAGUAGAGUCAAUGGAAACAUAA